UUUGCCACAGUGGAUGCGAACAAGUGGAGGCGAUGGGGUGGGAGUCGCUACCAGAUAUACUUCUAGAGGAUAUCUUCGCCAUGGUGAACAUAAAGAGUCGUUACCGAGCCUCACUGGUGUGCAGGCACUGGUAUCGAGCUUUCUAUGCACCAAGAGCGUGGGACACGUUUGUGCUAGAGGAUGACAUGCUGUGCACAAGGAAAUUCCUCAUACACACGGGCUGGAACUACUUUAUCAAUCAGUACAAAGUCCAGAUGCUGCUAAAUCGGAUCGCUCACAACUGGAAGCGCCUCGUCAUCCAGCCGAUGAACAGUUUCUACAACAUGUACGAGUUUGUCAGCAUCACGUCGGGAUGGAUCGGCGCGUGCAACGAACGCGGCAUCGAGAAUCCCCUGCCGCAGCUACGGGUCUUCAAGUUUCGCUUCAACUGCUGCGACACGAGUAUCUUGGGCGGUCAUAGCACGCUCGGCACGGGCGGAAAAUUCCUCGAGGAGCUGUGCUUCCUGCUUCGCCGCUUCGUCGGUCUUCAAGAACUCGAACUGCAGCAUCUGCUGCUGGAAAAACGCGAUGCCAGCACGCUGCUCGACGACACACUCGCGAACAGUGGCGACACCUUGCGGACGCUGCGCGUCAUCGACUGCGCGAAGGUGCCGCACCCGUUCCUGCACGUCGGCCUCUUCUUCAACCUGCGCAAGCUGAUCAUCUCGCCGAACCACGUCGACGAGGACGUCGUGCACCUGCUGGGGUUCACGCGCGUGCGUCUCGUCGUGCUCUACCAGGACGCGUACACGUGCCAAUGCCCGCCGGUCGCCUGGGACGCCUGGAAGAGUCUGAGCCGGCAGGCGCCGCGUCUGCGCAUCGAGAUGACACUGGUCGGGCGGAGUCGCACGGAGAUGGUGCUGCAGCCGCGCGCGGCCGUGCGCACGAUCCUGUACGCGAGUCGCUACUCCGUGCUGCGCAUCGACACGCUCAUGUUUAUCGUCGAGAACUACGCGCGCACGCUGGAGGUGUUCGGACACCAGCUGCUGCCACGCGUCCACCGGCCGAAGUCGUUCCACGACCGCGCCGACUCGGGUCUCGUGCUGCUGGCGCGCACGUGCACGCGGCUGCACACGCUCAUCGUACGCGAGCGCGUUUCCACGGCAACGCUGCUGCUCAUCGCCUCUUACGGCGAGAGUCUCGAGCAUUUCCUCGUGCGUCGCAACGCGGUGAUCCUGCGCAGUGAUUGGCCGCCGAACCCGAUGUGGACGGACGAUUACUACGCGUGGUUGAAGGAGUCUUCGCGGUCGUACGAUGCCGUCGAGCGGGAGGUGUCGGUGAAGCUCAGAAGGCCAUGGAAGAUGAUGACCGACGAUGAGUUCAAAUGGAUUAACUUGAUAAAUGCUUGAGCUAUUUAGUGGGACGGGGGCGAAAGCAGGCAGACUUUGUGUUCUAGCGCUCAUUAGUACAGGUGCUAAGUGCAUCUGUCAGAUUGUGCUUCACGCUCACACCAGUUUGGGCUUCAUCCUACGAAAUGUCAUGCAGAAAACGAGGUGCGAUCAGUGAGGUUUGCCAAUAUAGUCAGAUACUGGUAGCUCUUGCAGCCUACUAAUGUAUAGUAUCAUGUAUUUUUGUUUGUGUGGGAAAUGGGGCCUACACUCUCAAUAAUGCUGACUUUCAUUGGUCUUCCUGAGGUGCACAGUGUACUCUUUUGUAUGACGUUUUAUGUUUCUAUGUUUGUGGAAAAUACACGUGCAGUUUCUCCGUUUGCAAUGACACUAGGGGAGUUCACAAGCUAUUACGUAAACAAACGCAAGUUAUACAAGUUAAUCUCCAUUGCUGAACAUAUUGUUGACUGUGUAUUGCGUACCUGCGUGCCUUAAAUGAUUGAUGGAAAGAUUAGAGGUAUAUUUGUUUUGUGGUAGUGUAAGUAAAGCGGAAGAAUAUGUUUGCUGUGAUCUCGACAUAUGAAGGUAUAGACAACAACCGAUUUAAUUAUCGUAAAGUGUUCUUACCAUUGUCAUCCUAUUAUAACUUUGUUUUAUACUAUCAAAUGAGAUUUGUGUGUCUAGUCAUUAUCUGGUCAUUUUAUAUCUAGUCAAGAAUUGUAGAGCUUACGAUAUUAUGUCUUGUUGUUAUGUUGUUAUUAAAUAUAUGCUUUGUACAAGCUUGAAAUAA